GGCACGGCUUAAGCGGGAGGCGGAAGAACUCAAACGGCAAGAAGAAGAUAGGCACAAGAGAGCUCGGGAGGCGAAGGAACGGGAGCGCCGGCGCGCGGAGGAGGCGACGAGGAACCCGUACGCCGAGGGCAAUGGGUUUAGCGGCGGGCACUCGACACCGGGCCCCAACGGCUACGCGUACGGGUAUCCUACCGAAAUGCCUAGUCCCUACACCUCUCGGAGGGAUGAUGAAGAACUGCUCAGGGAGGCUGAGGAGAGGGUCAAGGAGCGUGGCAAGACGUCAGGAGGAGGUCCUCACUUGAACAGCCAUUCUAGGAAGACGUCGCGAUCCUCGAUGAGGCCUAAGGCUGAGCCCACGCCGUCGAAAUGGGCGAAGAGUCACCACACAUACGGGUCCCACGGGAUUCCGGAAGAUUGGAAGCACGAGACGACUCACCACGAGGACAUAGAUGUUGUGGAGGCGACUCCCACGGAUAACGACGCUGGAAAGCACGAUGGCCCCAGCACGGACUAUUUCAACAAGUUUGCUCCCCAAACUGGUCCGGAAUAUGUUCGCAAGGAUGGAACGGGAGUCUAUCCAGCGCCUCCGCUGUUUAACUUCAACAAGCCACCAGCAAGGGAGAAGACACCGGCGAGGGAGAAGCCGCCAGCAAGGGAGAAGACGCCAGCUCAAGAGUCGCGGCCAGAGAGGCCGCGUUCCGCGAUGCCUGGCUCGUUCCAGACUAGAAGUGAGACGCCUACACCGCCGACCAGGAAAUCUAGGAGCUCCGGUGGUGGUUCGGCCGACAGGAGUCAUGAAGCUUCUAGACACGAUAAACAACCCGAAGAGGAACCCAAGGAGGAACAGCAAAAACAGCCCCCGAUUAACGUUUUCUCAUUCGAGGAGACUGCGGCACCCUCUCCUAAGAAGGAGAAGCCCGCGGUUCCUGCGUAUGACUUCGUUUUCAGUCCUCGACCAUUCGACACAUUUACGUCGAACAGUCCCGAGCCGAAAGGGGAGAAGGCUGCCAGCACCGGAUCAGCUCCCCACUUGAGGCCGCACAGCCAGCCGACGCAGAACCAUCAUUCAUUUGUUCCGCCACCAUCGGCCCCGCCAAACCUCCAGCAGCAACAGCAGGCGGCUGAGAGCAGCAAGAGCGAGGGAUCAAAAUUCAACCGCGAGCUAUACGAUGACCUGUUGAAACGGACGGUGUUUGAUUUCUUGCCUUCUGGCUCCAAGAAGAAGAGAAGUGCGCCAACCCUGAACAAGGGCCGCAACAUGCACCGAACGACAAGCAAGGAUUCCAGAAGGGAUAGCCAGCCGAAGGCCGGGAGUGAGACGGAAAGCGACGAGCCCAAGAGUGCGACCACGGCUACGAAUCCCGCUACCUCGCAGCCUGCCACCGGGUUCGGUUAUGAGCCGAUGGACGCGGAACCUACGGGCGCCCCCAAGACCAUACCGGUUCCGCAGAACAACCGGACGAAGCCGAUCAUCCCUCUCGCGAAUGGCAUGCGCAAGCUGAACAUCGGAACCAAGAAGGGCAAGGCGACUACCAGCCUUGACAUGAGCGGCAUGGCUUCCGUCCCUCCCCUCAGCCGUAGCCCUGCGGAUGUGGGUCUCGGGGGAUUCGAGUCGUUGAAGGAGUCGCUUCCAUUCCCUUCUCAAGCUGCAACAAAGCCCCGAGUCGGCGACAUGCGCAUGAAGGUACCGGCGCUGAACCCUACGACCAAUGAGCCCUACGUGUUCAGCAUACCCCCUGACUUUUGGAACCUCUAUCCGCAGACACCGUUAGAGCAGCCCUUUGUGGUGCCCAAAGCACCCAGUGUGCCCAAGAUCCCGAAGCAAGUGUCACUGGACAACUACAACCGCUUCUAUAACUCGCUCGGCUCUUACAUCGAGGACUGGAAUAAAUACGAAGCUGACGUCCAUGCGCUCCGCGCUGAGUUGACGAGCAAGAGCCUACAUGUCUCCAGCACCGAGCUCCUCGACACCCAGGACAUUGUGAAGUACAUGGAACGCGUCAAGAAUAAGGACACCAUUCUUGACCAGUCAUUCACCAAGGCGCGCGAUCGCCACCUGGCGUCCCUCGACAUGUGGGUCAAGCUACGGGAGAACGUACUCAAGGAAGUCGCGCACCAGGAGCCGCAUUAGGAAUGCAGGCAUCCGGAUGGUGAUGCUGCUGUUGAUGAUCUAGCUGCUUCCAUGUCUCCCUCUUCUCCUAAGACACGGUAUC